AUGGGUUUAAGAUUCAAAAAAAUCCACCUUCUCUCGUUGUUAACAAGCUCAACACUAUUAUUAAUAAUUGGAGAAUGAGCACUGCUAAUUGUGGGGAUCAUGUCUCCAGAUUGGACAAGAUUUUCUGUUAUGGAUCAAAAAUUUAAUUAUGGGCUUUUUGAUUGUGAAGAUUGCCCAAGCGAAUAUGCUCACACAAACUAUUCUUGCUUAUCUGAACUCACAUGUGACGACAGCCAAAAAUCAUCCCUUUGCGAAAAGGCAGUGGUUUUGAGCAAAAGUCGAUUGGUGUUACUGGUAUUUUUAGCGCUCGGGAGUUUUGUUUCUCUCUUACUAUUUGAAAGAUUAUUUUAUAUGGUCCUAAAAAGACCAUAUGGAGGUAUAAGGAUAUUUUAUGCUUUUUCAGUACUCCCAGCAGGGAUACAAAUUGUUGGUAUUAUGGUCUAUAUUUUUGUAAGUGGAGUCAGUGUGAGCAGUACGUGCAAUGCUUAAAUUUAAGAAACCACUUGUAAGUUACAUUUUUAUAGCCUCAACUAGGACACAGCUCUGAGUAACGGUAGGUAAGACUAGCCUGACUGUUAGACCUGUUUCAGUCUCCAAGCACCUUAGGAUCUCUCUGCCUGCAUCAGACUCAAUGCAGAUAUAGAUGCUGCCGAUGAUGGCGCAUUGAGCGCCAUCAUCGGGCAACUUCUAUAGCUUCUCUUUGAGCCGAGAUUCUCAGGAAAUCUAGGACUUCUCUUACUGAGCUCGGCUGUAGGAAGGUAGUACUACCCUUAAGUGCCAUUUUGUAUUGUGCUCGUGCAAUGAAAAGAAUGAAAUAUGCAGUGGAAAUGGCCUUUGGCUAGUGAUAGAGUCAAAUGCUGUUGCAUGGAUUUGUGUGGUUACUAGUAUUAUUAUUCUAAGGUCAAGAGAUAAAGGCAGAGAUAAAAUUAUAAGAGAGCCAUUAAACUUUGGAAAUUAUGGGUCUUGGUUUUCAUGAAAAGUGCUUCCUAUCCUUUUGUUAGGAAUUUGCUUUAUUGGAAUUGGAUAUGGGUGAAAAUGGGUCAGUUAUCACAGUCGGAGCAAAAUUUAUGGUAAUUUAGUAGGCAUGAAUCAAUACGAAGGGCAUGAUGAACUUGAUUAUAUGUGUAUAAGUGGUCCGAGAUGUGAGGAAACUCCUAAAUAUGCAAAUUCCAUUAGAAAUUGCAACGCUUUUCAUAAGUUAGGUAUUGCAAACUAUUACUACUUAUGAUUCACUUGUAUUUCAUAUAUAUUAUUGAUAAUGUGAAUAGAGCAUCUUAUAUUUUUAGCGCGAAAAAUAAAUUUUGGAAUCGUAUCCUUAAAUUAUUUUUGGCCAAUUUUAACCACUGUUAUUAAUCUAUGUGGAAAUAUGAGCUGAUUCAUAGUUUCAGGAGCUUCUUACAGCUCAACCUGCAAAAUUCAAGCUGGAGAUACCGAUAUCUCAUUUUGUGCAGAGCAAGGUCCAACUUUUUCAUUAAUAGGGGUUCUCUGUUUUUGCCUAUCUUCCUUCCUUUAUAUAGCUAUUUUUAGCAGAAGAACUAUUCCUGUACCUCUAAUCAAAUCUGAGCCUCAGCUGAAAAGAACAAAAAGUAGAAAAGUGUUAGACGAGUUUGUCACUAUAAAUAAAACUAUUGAUGAACUAGAUAACUCUGCAAGCGAAUCUUAUGAAGUUGAUAAUAUAAAUGGAACUAGACCCUGCACACAAGAAACUCUUGCAAAUGAAGAGCCAAUAAAAAUGUCAAUGACCUUCAGAAAUGUGAAUUUUCGUGUUGAAAAAAGUAUAGUUUAA